CUACCGGCUGUGGUAACUUUCGUGCGGUAACUGGAAUUCACCAUUUAGCCUUUAUUAUGGUAUAUUAUUAUAUCUUUAAAGUGUGAUCUCCCGGGUGGGAGAAGGAAUAAAACUCGGUGCCCCCCUCCUCUUCUCUCUCUAUCUCUCUCGUCCCCCCCCCGGCGGCGGCUGUCCGAUGGCGUUUGCGGCGGCGAACAUCGGGAUGAUGGACGGCGCGUACUUCGUUGGGAGGAACGAGAUCCUGUCUUGGAUCAACGCCACGCUCCAGCUCAGCCUCACCAAGGUGGAGGAGGCUGCAUCAGGUGCUGUCCAGUGCCAGAUGAUGGAUAUGGUCCAUCCAGGAGUUGUCCCCAUGCACAAGGUGAAUUUUGAUGCAAAGACUGAGUAUGACAUGAUUCAGAAUUACAAGCUUCUGCAAGAAGUAUUUAACAAGUUGAAAAUAGAGAAGCACAUUGAAGUCAACAAACUUGUUAAGGGACGGCCAUUAGACAACUUGGAGUUCUUACAAUGGCUGAAGCGGUACUGUGAUUCUGUGAAUGGUGGAAUUAUGAAUGAAAACUAUAACCCUGUUGAGAGAAGAUGCAAGGGAGGGAAAGAGCGAAAUCUUAGGGGUUCUCACAAAUCAUCCAAAUCACUACAGGCUAACAGCUUACCCAAUCGUGGUUCCAUAGAUGGAGGUUCCAAGCAAGGGAAAGUUUGUGCCACGCCUAGUGCAGAAAAUUCUGCUGCCCAGAUCCUGGAACUGUCUGAGAAGAUUGCAGAUCUUAAACUUUCAGUUGACAACAUGGAAAAGGAAAGGGACUUCUACUUUGCAAAAUUGCGAGACAUUGAGAUACUUUGCCAGAGGCCUGAGCUCGAGCACCUACCGAUGACAAAAGCAAUCUGCAAGAUUUUGUAUGCUGCUGAUGCAAAAGACUCUCCUUUGGCUGAAGCACAAGAACUUAUAGGCAGAUCAGUGGAUCCUGACAUGUUAGCAGAUGAAGCAGAGUGAACAAAUGCUUCCAAUUGUUUCAUGGUGGCUUUAGGACUGCUGGAUCAUUAUAUCUCGAUGGUAAGUGUCUAUUCCAGUGGCAGUAAAGCUGUUCAUGUGUACAGAACAAACAAGCAGAACCUGUUUUAACUGGCAGACUAAAGACCUCUCUCUCUUGCGCCCCCCCGCCACCCCCACUUCCCACAUCCUGGUUCUUCUUGAACAAGUGGGAUUGUGAAACCAUUUUCAGAAUGGGCCAUGAUCAAUGUUUCACCUCGAAGCAACGGACUUAUAACCUAGAGCUGUGGGUGGGUGGUAGUUGCUUGAUGCUUAAAAUCCUGUUAGAAAUUUAGGAUAGCAUGGGGAAGACGGGUUUGAAACUGUUGUUAUCCAUUACUUUAUUUAGUUCUUCUUGCUGAAGUUUCUGUUUUUUUGGGUGACUGUGUAACCUAUGCAAUACUUUUGAUCACCCAAAACCAAACUUACUGAAGCCAUAUUUUCUGGGGUGUCA